CCAGCUAAGGGUGGCGCACGUGCGCGGAGGGCCGCCCCGCUCGCUUUUCCCCGCGGGAUUCAGCGCCCCCCGGCUUUGGGCCCCCUCCCCUCGCCGCCGCCAUGAAGCCGAAACCCACCUCCCACAAGUCCAAGAACACCUACCGGUUUCUGACAUUCUCUGAACGCUUAGGGAAUAUUAACAUCGAUGUUAUUCAUCGCAUUGACAGGACUGGGAGUUAUGCUGAGGAGGUCGAAACCUACUUUUAUGAAGGACUUCAGAAAUGGAGAGAAUUGAAUCUCACAGAACAUUUUGUGAAAUUUUACAAAGAAGUUGCCAACAAAUGCCAAUCAUUCAACCAGUUGGUCUACCAUCAGGGUGCCAUAGUCCAGAGUUUGAAGACUCACCUGCAAAUUAAGAAAAGUCUGGCUUACGAACCCCUCUUGGACCUGGUUGUUCAGUUGGCUCGAGAUUUGCAGACAGACUUCUACCCACAUUUUCAAGAUUUUUUUCGGACCAUUACUUCACUUCUUGACACCCAGGACACAGAGCUGUUAGAAUGGGUUUUUACCUCUCUCUCUUACCUUUACAAAUACUUGUGGAGGCUAAUGGUGAAAGACAUGCCAAAUAUAUACAGUUUAUACAGUACACUCCUGGCUCACCACAAAUCACAUAUAAGAAAUUUCGCAGCUGAGAGCUUCACUUUUUUAAUGAGAAAGGUUUCUGAUCAAAGUGCUCUCUUCAACUUAAUGUUUCUUGACCUUGAAGGACAUCCAGGAAAGGUGGAAGGUGUCGGGCAGUUACUUUUUGAAAUGUGUAAAGGAGUUAGAAACAUGUUCCAUUCUUGUGCAGCCAAGGCAAUAAAGUUAAUUCUGCAAAAACUAGGGCCAGUUACAGAGAAAGAAGCGAAAUUACCCUGGAUUCUAGUUGGCAAAGCACUGAAACAUAUGAUGAAAUCUGCUGCAUUUUAUAUACACCAAGAGCAUUUUAAUAUUUUAUAUGAAUGUUUAAAUGAGUCACUCUUGGAGUUACAAGAGAAACCAUCCAAGGCCACAGGUUGUGAAAGUUCAAAACAGAUUGAAAGGUUAUUAGAAGCAUACCUGGUUCUUGUGAAACACGCUAACGGGUCUAAGAUCACUAAACCUGAAGAUGUUUGCAAGAUGUUAUCCCAAAUGUUGAAAACAGAUGACCUCUCAAAAUCUUGCUGUAAGACUCUCCUAGAAGUUAUUUCUACUUUGAUACUGGACGAGAAUGUUUCCUUGCCAGAACCACUGAUAAAAGAAACAGUAGAAAAGACUUUUGAGAGUGGAUUUAAAAGGUGUUUAAUUUUGGGCUUCGCUGAAGUUAUGUUUGCUAUGGAGCAGUUUGAAAAGCUUUUCCUCCCAAGCUUUCUUAUGUAUAUCAAGAACUGCUUUUUGGUUGAAGAUGUCAUGGCCAAGGAUGAAGCCCUAGCCAUUUUGGCUAAACUUAUUUUGAACAAAGCAGAACCUCCCACUGUUGGUUCAAUGGCGUUUGAAAAAUAUCCUCUUGUUUUCACAGAACAAUCUGUUGGAGCCUAUACAAGACAAAUGAAGAGAAAGAGAGAUGAAGAAGUAGAACAAACUCCAGUAUUGGAUCAUGUUUUAUCUUUAAUUCAGUUGUCACCAAAUGAAAACAUUCCUGAGCUUUCACGUCAUUGGGCAGCUCUUGUUGUUCUCCCUCAUAUUAGACCACUUGAAAAAGAGAAAAUUCUUCCACUGAUCACAAGCCUCAUAGAAUCACUGUUCUUGGCUGUUGGCAGAGGAAACCUUGGUAAAGGAAGCCUGUUUGUCAUGUGCCAGGCAGUAAUCACACUGCUAACUUUAGAAGAGUCUUCUGAAAUUCUCCAUUUGGUGCCUGUGGAAUGGGUCAAGAAUUUGAUAAUGAUGUUCCCUUCUGAACCAUCUAUCUUGCUAUUGGCUGAUCUGUAUUAUCAGAGACUAGCCUUGUGUGGCUCUAAGAAGCCCCUUUCUGAAGAGUCUUUGAUGGAAUUAUUUUAUAACUUACGAGCAAACCUCUCAACUGGCGUAUCCAAGAUUCGACUUCUGACAAUACGAAUCCUAAACCAUUUUGAGGUCCAAGUCCCGGGACUGACAGAGGAUGACAGUAUGGAGGAGCGUCAGUCUGUGUUUGCCAUUUUACUGCAAGCUGAACUUGUCCCAGCAACUGUGAAUGAUUACAGAGAAAAGCUGCUGCAUUUGAGAAAACUGAGACAUGAUGUGGUACAAACUGCAAUACCCAAUGAGCCUUUACAGGAGGUGCCACUUUCUUAUUUACUAAGCAUGUUAUAUAUUAACUUCAGUCCUCUCUGGGAUCCUGUUAUUGAACUCAUUAGUUCUCAUGCAAAUGAAAUGGAGAACAAACAAUUCUGGAAAGUCUUCUAUGAACAUUUAGAAAAAGCUGCUGCCCAUGCUGAGAAAGAACUACAAGGUAACUUGCAAGAAAACCAGAAAUACACUGGUGAUGAAGGCUGGAAAAAAGGAGGACAAGUGGGAACGCUUUUUCAUGACCAACUGAAAUUGAGAACUGACUGCAGGGAAAGGCUGGAUCAUACCAAUUUUCGGUUUCUUCUCUGGAAGGCACUUGCAAAAUUCCCAGAAAGAGUAGAGCCCAGAUCAAGGGAACUCUGCCCACUUUUCUUGAGAUUUAUGAGAAAUGAGUACUAUACAACAGAUCUUCAAGUUGCUCCAACUCAAGACCUUCGUAAAAAAAGCCAUGUGCUACAAGAAGAAGGAAUGGAAGUGACUCCCUCAAAAGAUGAGGAAGAGUUAACAGAAGAAGCUGACUUGGCAGAAUCACCCAUACUUGUAGAGUUACCAAAAAACAAAACAAGAAGAGCUGCAGCAAAACAGUUGAUUGCACACCUUCUGGUUUUUUCUAAAUUCUUAAAUCCUCGUGCUCUGUACCUGGAACCAAAAUUAAAUGAGCUAUACAGUCAAUUAUUGUUGCACCAAGAUCAGGAAGUGCAAAAAAUGGCGCUAGAGUGUAUAAUGACCUACAAGGACCCACACGUAUUACCAUACAAGGACAACUUACAGAGGUUGCUGGAAGACAGGAGCUUUAAAGAAGAAAUUUCCCAUUUCAAUAUUUCUGAAGAGAAUACUAUAGUGAAAGCAACCGACAGAGCAGAACUUUUUCCUGUACUUCUAAGAAUUCUCUAUGGGAGAAUGAAGAACAAGACUGGUAGCAAAACACAAGGCAAAUCUGCAGCGGGUACCCGUAUGUCUCUUGUUCUGAGGUUUCUGGCUGGCUCAUUACCUGAAGAGAUCCACAUGUUUUUGGAUUUGCUGUUUGAACCAGUGAAACACUUCAGUAAAGGACCAUGUCAUUCUGCAGUUUUGCAAGCAGCAGAAGAACUGGAUUUGUCAAAAGUCCUCCCCUUGGGUCGUCAACAUGGUGUUUUAAACAGCCUUGACCUCGUAUUAAAAAACAUGGGUCAUUUAAUCAGCCCGUAUCUUUCCGAGAUUCUGCAGAUACUGCUCUGUAUGACAGCAACUUUCUCAUACAUCCUUGAACACAGAGAAAAGAUACAGCUGAGGUUUAUUAACCCACUGAAAAAUUUGAGGCGAAUUGGGAUCAAGCUUGUAGCUGAAUUCUUUUCGGAUCAGGAAUCCUACAACUUCAGCACGGAAGAGAUCGAUGCGGUUUUUUAUGGUACAGUGUGGCCCCAGGUAUGCAGGCUUUCUUUUGAGAGCCAGUAUUCCCCUACUUUGCUACUGAAGCUAAUCCACAUUUGGAGCCAAAAUCCUAGGUAUUUCCCUUUGCUGGCCAAACAGAAACCCGGACAUCCAGAAUUUGAUGUCCUGACAAAUGUUUUUGCUCUUCUCUCGACCAAAAAUGUGUCUGAAUCCACAGUCAGUGUCGUGAUGGCUAUAGCUGAUAAUCUCCUCAACAUUCCAGAUUUUGAGCCCACAGACACAAUCUCCAGCUUGAUUGUGACAGAAUGUGUAUAUGCUGACAUCGAGGAAACUGCAGAAGAGCCUCUCAGUAUAGGUACAAAAUUAGUUUUCCCUCACGUUGCUGCUGUCCUUCAAUAUCUCAGCAAAGCCAUGGCACAUGCAGUAAAAGUGAAAAAGAAAAUGUGUCGAGAACAAGUCAGCAAGGAGCUCAGCAUUCUCUCCAAGAUCAGCAGCUUUAUUAAAGACAAAAGCCAGAGCUCCGUACUCAUUUCGCUGCUUCUUCCUUUCCUUCACCGGAGGAACAUUCCAGAGGAAACAGAAGUUGAUAUUCUUGUAACAAUACAAAACUUGUUGAGACACUGUUUGGAGCCUUUGAAUUUCCUCAAACCCUUGGCAAAACUUUUCUCAGUUAUUCAGAAUAAAAUAUCUCGAGAGACACUUUGUACGGUUUUUCAAACUCUCUCUGAAUUUGAGGGUGAAUUAAAUUACGUCACAGAUGUAGUCAAGCUGAAUGCCUUUGAUCAUCGGCAUCUCGAUGACGUCAACUUUGAUGUUCGCUUGAAAGCAUUCCAGAGAAUCACGUCUUACAUUAAAGAGAUGGCAAAAGUGGAUGUCGGCUAUCUAAUUCCAGUUAUGCAUAACUGUUUCCACACUCUGCAGCUAGGAGAUAUGUCACUGAGUGAUUGUGCCAGCUUGUGCUUGAUGAGUAUAAUCAAACGUCUUGCCGCCCUGGGCUUCACGGAACAAGAAUUCAGAGAAAUAAUCCAACGUACCCUACUCGAGAAUUUGAGAAAAGGACUGAAGAGUAAGACUGAGAGUGUGCAGCAAGAUUACACCACAGUACUUUCCUGUUUGAUUCAAACAUUUUCAAACCACCCAGAAUUUAAAGACCUGGUUCAGCUCACUGAUUGCCAUGAUCCAGAGAUGGACUUCUUCGAGAACAUGAAACAUAUUCAGGUCCAUCGAAGAGCCCGUGCCUUGAAGAAACUGGCAAAACGUCUGAUGGAAGGGAAGAUCAUAUUAUCUUCUAAAUCUCUCCAGAACUACAUCUUGCCUUAUGCAGUAACCCCAAUUUUUGAUGAAAAAAUGCAAAAGCAUGAAAAUAUAAUUAUCGCUUCCACAGAAGUUGUAGGAGCUGUUUGUGCACAGAUGUCAUGGACAGCAUAUAUGUACCAUCUGAAGUAUUUCAUUCAUGUCUUGCAAAUGGGAAAGAUCAACCAAAAACUGGGUGUUAGUGUAUUAGUGACAGUGUUGGAAGCUUUCCACUUUGAUCAUGAAACACUUGAAAAACAAAUGGAGAAGAUUCAGAAUAAAGGAAAUGCCAUGGAGGUGGAUGAGUUACCGGAGACUGAAGUUAUGGAAGUGGAACACGAUGAGGAGGAGAACGAGAAGGAAAACGAGAAAGAAGAUAAAACCAGUAUUGGGCCUGAGAAUAGUGAGAAGCUCGAGGACCAUGUCCUAACUAAGCCUGAAAAAACAGCUGCUGAACAAGUUCAGGACACUAAGAAUCUUCCAAAAUCCCUUUCUUCCCUGCCCCGGAAUAAGGAGGAGUUAGAGGGCCUGAUUAAACACAUUCGUGCAGCCCUAACACAAAACAUUCUACCGAAGCUGCAUAAAUGCCUUGCUGCUAAGACGAAAAGAGAUGACGAGCACAAGCUUAUAAAAUCCAAAGUUGUCAAUGAUGAGGAAGUUGUUCGGGUGCCAUUAGCAUUUGCUAUGAUUAAGUUGAUGCAGUCCCUCCCUCAAGAUGUUAUGGAAGCAAAUCUGCCAAGCAUUCUGCUGAAAGUAUGUUCGCUUCUGAAGAACAGAGCCCAGGAAAUCCGUGACAUUGCCCGCAGUACCCUUACCAAAAUAAUAGAGAGUCUGGGCGUAAAUUAUCUGCAGUAUGUUUUGAAAGAGAUGCAGAGCACCCUUGUGCGUGGAUAUCAGCUUCAUGUGCUAACAUUCACUACUCACUUACUGUUGAACAGUCUCACAAGCAAGCUGAAAGCGGGGGAUUUGGAUUCUUGCUUGGACAUAUUGAUUGAGGUUUUUAAUCAUGAAUUGUUUGGAGCCAUUGCUGAGGAAAAGGAAGUAAAGGGAAUCACAUCCAAAGUCAUGGAAGCCCGAAAAAGCAAAAGUUAUGAUUCUUAUGAAAUCCUUGCCAAAUUUAUAGGGAAGGAUCAAGUAACAAAGCUUAUACUUCCAUUGAAAGAGAUCUUAGAGCACACCACAAGUUUUAAACUGUCUAAAAAAGUGCAUGAAACUUUACGCCGCAUCAUGGCAGGUUUAUUAGUGAACAAGGAAAUGACUGCAGAAUCCAUUCUGGUGCUCUGCCAUGGUUUGGUCAGUGAAAAUCUCCCUCUUUUGACAGAAAAAACAAAAAAAGUAGCAGCACCUCCUCCAGAUCCACGCUUGCCUCCAAAAAGCUGCCUUCUCUUACCCCCUACUCCAGUUCGAGGAGGACAAAAAGCAGUUGUGAGCAAGAAGACUAACAUGCAUGUAUUUAUCGAUUCUGGACUUCAGCUAUUAUACAUGAGUUUGAAGAGAUCCAAGAUAAAUUCUUCCAAUGAACAUGCUUUAGAAAUGUUGGAUCCUUUUGUGAAGCUUCUGGUACACUGUCUAAGUUCUAUGAAUGUAAAGGUGAUUACUGGUGCUCUACAGUCCUUGAUCUGGGUUUUGAAAUUUCCUCUGCCUUCCAUAGAGAAGGAGUCAGAGCAACUCAUCAAACACCUUUUCCUUCUGCUAAAGGAUUAUGCUAAAGUAGGAGCUGCAAAAGGACAGAAUUUUCAUCUGGUUGUAAACUGUUUCAAGUCCAUGACGAUUCUUGUGAAGAACAUCAAGUGUUACCAGAUUACUGAAAAACAGCUGCAAGUAUUGCUAGGCUAUGCUGAAGAGGACAUUUAUGAUUCAUCACGACAAGCUACUGCCUUUGGCCUUUUAAAGGCCAUUUUAUCAAAAAAAUUGAUGGUUCCUGAGAUCGAUGAUGUCAUGCGGAAAGUCUCCCAAUUGGCAAUCACUGGACAGACUGAACAAGUUCGAGUCCAGUGUCGACAGGUUUACCUGAAAUAUGUUCUCGACUACCCUCUUGGGAGCAAACUGAGGCCCAACUUGGAGUUCAUGCUUGCUCAGCUGAAUUAUGACUAUGAAAUGGGGAGAGAAUCGGCUUUGGAAAUGAUUGCAUAUCUCUUUGAAACAUUUCCUCAGGGAUUGCUCCACGACUAUUGUGGUAUGUUCUUUGUUCCUCUUUGUUUGGUGAUGGUGAAUGACGACUCCUCUAAUUGCAAGAAAAUGGCAUCCAUGGCCAUCAAGUCUUUACUCAGUAAAAUAAAACAGGAAAAACAGGACCUGAUGUUUAAUUUUGUUACCUCUUGGUUUAAAAAUAAAAAGAGCUUACACAAACAAUUAGCUGCCCAAACCUGUGGUUUGUUUGUGGAGACUGAAGGGGUGGCUUUUGAGAGAAGACUUCGUAAUAUUCUUCCCAUAAUUGAAAAGGAAAUCAAUCCUUCAAAAUUUGAAGAUUUAACCAAGGAAACCGAAGAAAAGGCAGCAGACAGACUUCUUUUCAGUUUUCUUACGCUGAUAAGUAAACUAAUUAAAGACUGCAAUAUUAUUCUAUUUACCAAAUACUCGGAUAUUUUGGGUAAUAUCUGGUGUCACCUGCAGUGCCACUUGUCCCACCCUCAUAGCUGGGUGUGGCUAACUUCAGCCCAAAUUUUUGGAUUAUUGUUUGCCGCUUACAAACCAGAGGAACUUGUUAGCAAAUGGAAUGUCCGAAAGACUAAAAAGCGAGUCUCAGAACCUGCGGCAGUCAUGUUCCUCACAGACGAACUAGACAAAAAGAUGAAAAACCUUGCUUUAGCCUUUUGCCACCAAUUAAAGUCCAAAUUUUUGGAUCAUUCUCUGGGAGAACAGGUGGUUAAGAAUUUAUUGUUUGUGGCUAAAGUCAUAUAUCUUCUGGUACCUGACCCAGAAGAUGAUAAAGAUGCAAACGAAGAAAUGAAAGAAUAUGAAACUUUGGAUGGUGAAGCAACCAAGGAGGAAAUGGAGUGCCAAAAAGGCUCGGGAGAUGAAAACGUGGCUUCUGCUAAAGAAGAGAAAGAAGAAAUAGAGGAACCUAUGAACAAACCAGCCACAUUGUUAUGGUUAAUCAAAAAGUUAUCCCUAAUAGCAAAGAGGGAAGCUGCCUAUUCACCUAAAAACCCCUUAAAGAGAACAUGCAUCCUUAAAUUUCUUGGAGCCGUAGCAGUGGAUCUUGGCGAGGAAAGGAUCAAACCUUAUCUCCCAACCAUCUUAACUCCAAUGUUUCGAGAACUUAACAGCACCUACUCACAGCAAGAUCCUUCCCUGAAGAACCUCUCACAAGAAAUCAUAGACUUGCUCAAGAAGCUGGUUGGCCUAGAGAGCUUCUCCCUAGCCUUUGCUUCAGUGCAGAAACAGGCUCAUCAGAAACGGGCACUCAGAAAACAACAGAGAGCACUGCAGUUUGUAACAAAUCCCGAGCUUGCUGCCAAGAAAAAACUCAAGAAACACAAAAACAAAAUUGAAGCCAAAAAGAGAAAAAUAGAGUUCAUUCGCCCAGGACCUAAGGCCAAGAAACAGAGAAGCCACGGCCUCAGAGACCUAGCCAUGGUGGAAUAAGAGCAGAUGAUUUAGUUUCGUUAACUCGGGUUAUAAGAAACUUGAGCAUUUCCCUAGGGGUAUUUUCUCUGAGCAGAUAUUAACUAGGGCAAUAGCAUCCCAUUUUUGUACUGCUGGCAUAUAUAUUUAAAUUAAAUUUUAAUAUACGUGUUAUAUAUGGUACAGUUUAAUGUACUGAUAAUGCUUUCGACUUAAUGAAAUGUGCUCACUGAA